CAGUGAUCGAUUCGUCAGGGCUGCGUGACUACGGGAGUCGGCUUUAUUCUGGUAUUUUAGAUGUCCUCGAUUUUGGAGUACCUCAUACAUUGAUGUCAAAUUCACAUAGUGAACGGCAGGACCAGCAGUGAGAUGGCUGCUGAUGACAAGUCCUCGUCUUCAUCUUCGACAGACUGGAGCGUCGAGCCCCCCGUCCUCUCCCCGACAAGCCCCUCCCAUCUGACCCAGUUCAAACCACUGACCCCGGAGCAGGAUGAGCCUCCUCUUCGCUCUGCGUACAGCUCAUUCGUCAACCUGUUUCGCUUCAACAACAAAGGUGACGGUUAUGAAGACGACGACCUUUAUGAGGAUGGCCGUCCUCCAUCGACGAUCCCAGAGAAACCAGACGUGCCAUCCCCUUCACCUCAGUCAGAGAGGAGGAGCUGCUCCUCCAGUCCCUCCCACUCCCUCCACAGCACCCGACCACACCGGAAACCACACUCAGACCACCACAGACGGACCUCCACUGCCUCUGGCUUCAACUACUUUUUCAAGCGUUGGGAUGGCAGCAGGAAAUCAGAUACUCCUCUGAGCAAUCACGACCCUCGCACAGCUGUGCAGCUUCGCACAGCGCUGAAGAGACUAAAGGAAAUCAUGGAGGGAAAGAGCCAGGACAGUGAUCUGAAGCAGUACUGGAUGCCGGACAGCCAGUGUAAAGAGUGUUAUGACUGCAAUGAGAAGUUUACAACCUUUCGCCGCCGUCACCACUGCAGACUGUGUGGACAGAUUUUCUGCAGCCGCUGCUGCAACCAGGAAAUACCUGGAAAGUUCAUGGGCUACACAGGUGAUCUGCGGGCUUGUACGUACUGCCGUAAGCUUGCUCUAAACUACGCUCACUCCGCGGACUCAGGCUCCAUCGGAGAAGACCUGAGCGCUCUAUCUGACUCGCCCUGUUCUGUGUGCGUACUGGAGCCCACUGAGCCUCGGACGCCUUCAGGUGGACGAAAGGCCAGCAGGAACAUUUUCCUGGAGGAAGACCUGACCUGGCAGAGAAAAACUCCUAUUGGGAUGAGGAAGAAUAUGAUCCAUCAGGAGCCUCAGAGCAGCGGCCUCAACCCUCGUCUGACCACGCUGCAAGAGGAUGUGGUCAAAUCUCCAGCAAGGAAGAGGUCAGCCAGCGUGACCAACCUUUCUCUGGACCGCUCUGGAUCAUCUUUGGUGCCUUCCUACGACAGCUCAGUCAGCCCUCCUCCUAGCCGAGCCGUGUCCGGCCCAAAGAGUGGCCCCAAGCUGGACCACAGUGAGGAGGAGAGGAAGAUCCUGCUGGAUUCCUCCCAGCUGAAGGAUCUCUGGAAGAAAAUCUGCAACAACAGCACGGGGAUGGAGUUUCAGGACCACAGAUACUGGCUGAGGACAUACCCCAACUGCAUUGUGGGAAAAGAGCUUGUUAACUGGCUGCUAAGGAACGGGACCAUCUCCACCAGGGCUCAGGCUAUUGCCAUUGGCCAGGCAUUGGUGGACGGACGCUGGCUGGACUGUGUCACCCACCACGAUCAGCUGUUCAGAGACGAGUAUGCUCUCUACCGCCCCCUUCAGAGUACAGAGUUCUCAGAAACACCGUCACCUGACAGCGACAGUGUCAACUCUUUGGAGGGACACUCAGAGCCGUCGUGGUUCAAAGAUAUCAAGUUUGAUGACAGCGACAACGAGCAGCUUGCCGAUGAGACAGAAUACACCAUGCCAAACUCUGCCAGUCCCAGCAAGAGGACAUCAGUCAGUAGUUUCCAGUCAGUGGUGGACAGUGACUCAGCAGCUUCCAUUAACCUCAACAUGGAGACUUCCACUUCUUCCUUCCACAUCAAGAAACAAUCAAAGUACCCGCACGUACCUGCUGCUAAUGAGCAGAAAGCAGAAAUUCUUGUAUCUGAAGAUGGUGGACAGAGCAUUGUCAUAAGUGAUGCCUUCAUUAAAGAGUCUCUGUUUAACCGUCGCGUGGAGGAGAAAGCUAAAGAGAUGCUGUUUACUCCACUGGGUUGGCACCACAGCUCUCUGGAUCAGCUCAGAGAGGAGAACGGGGAGAAGAUGGCCAUGGAGAGGCUGCUCUCAGCCAACCACAGCCACAUGAUGGCGCUGCUGCAGCAGCUUCUCUACAGCGAAUCUCUGUCUCUAUCCUGGCGGGAUAUCAUCGUCCCUGUGGUCCGACAAGUGGUCCAGACUGUACGGCCAGAUGUACGUAACUGUGACGAUGACAUGGACAUCAGACAGUUGGUCCACAUCAAGAAGAUUCCCGGAGGAAGAAAGUUUGACUCUGCUGUGGUAAACGGCUUUGUCUGCACCAAGAACAUUGCACAUAAGAAGAUGAACCCAUACAUCAAGAACCCAAAGAUCCUCCUGCUGAAGUGCUCCAUAGAGUAUCUGUACCGAGAGGAGACCAAGUUCACCUGCAUCGACCCCAUCGUGCUACAGGAGCGAGAGUUUUUGAAGAACUACGUGCAGCGUAUCGUAGACGUCAGACCAACUCUGGUGUUGGUGGAGAAGACGGUGUCUCGGAUCGCUCAGGACAUGCUGCUGGAGCACGGCAUCACGCUGGUCAUCAACGUCAAACCGCAAGUCUUGGACAGGGUGAGCCGUAUGACUCAAGGAGACCUGGUCAUGUCUAUGGACCAGCUCCUCACCAAACCUCGACUGGGAACCUGCCACAAGUUCUACCUGCAGCCAUUUACCCUGGCUAAUGAUGAAGCAAAGACUCUAAUGUUCUUCGAGGGCUGUCCUGCUCACCUUGGCUGCUCCAUAAAGCUGCGCGGUGCUGCUGACUACGAGUUGGCCCGAGUGAAGGAGAUCAUCAUGCUGAUGGUGUGCGUGGCCUACCAUUCCCAGCUGGAGAUAUCAUUCCUCAUGGAUGAGUUCGCCAUGCCGCCCAGCGUGGCUCAAAGCACCACGUUCCCCUGCCUGCUGGAGGUGGCCUCUGUAGUGGAGGAGAAGGCAGAUGGAGAGAAAGGAGGGAGGGAGGCGAACGGAGAGAGCCAGGAGAAAAAUGGAGGGAGUGAAGACUCUGUUCAUCAUGGGGAGGAAGGGGUGUCCUCUGAGUCUUCAUCCAAAAAUGGUGAUUUGGACUCUCUGAGAGACAGAGAGAGCCUUAAAUCUCCUCUGUCUGUCCUAAAAGAGGAGGCAGGAAACACAGAGACAAUGACCUCCUCCCCUUAUUCCAGCCCUCCUCCAGCUCCUCUGACUGUCUCUCCCCCCUUUCUCAUGGAGGAAGAGGAGAUGGACUCCAGCACUCUCAUUGGGGAGUCAGAGGGGGAGACGGGGGAGGAGGGGAGCAUAAUGAAGGUGGAGUCUUUGAGUAUUGAUGAUGGAGAAGAGCCGCCGACUCCCCGACUGUUCAGAGACCCUCUGCAGGACGACACGGGGAUGUUUGUAGCCGAGCAGGUGGCUUCGACUGACGAUCACCUGAAGUCCAUCUCAGCUGUCUUUAAACAGGAGCUGAAGGACAUCAUCCUGUGUAUCUCUCCGUUCAUCACCUUUAAGAAACCUUUUCUCCUCACGCCUGCAGGAAUGCACUGUCCUAGCAGGGAAUAUUUCCCCGAACAGGUCUACCUUUCUCCUCUCCUUAACAAAGACUUCAAGGAGCUGGAUGGGCGUAGGAAGCGGCAACUCCUCAAAGAUUCCGCCCCCUCCUCUCUGGUCAAUGGACAGACAAAUGGAGCCCCCCAGCCGAGGCCUAUCGAGGUCCUUCCUUCCCACAACCUCACCAGCACCCGCAUCGUGGAGCAGCUGAGCAGCAGCCAGGAUCUGGCCAAGAUGUUAGCGGACUACAGAGCAAAAGGAGGACGAAUCCGUCAGAGGGAGCCCACAGACCCAUUCUCCAACUCUACAGUGCCUGUUAGCAGUCAGAAUAAGACAGGGGAAACCACAGGGAAACACCCGGUGAAGGCUGAUAGUGAAGAGGAGAAGCCGGGUAAACAGAACGACAUGAGCUGGGCUCCAAAGCUGGACUGCCUGAAUCCUGUGAACCAUCAGAGGCUGUGUGUUCUCUUCAGCAGCUCGUCAGCUCAGUCCAACAACGCUCCGAACCCCUGUGUCAGCCCCUGGAUUGUUACAAUGGAGUUCUAUGGAAAGAAUGACCUCUCACUGGGUGUGUUCUUGGAGCGAUACUGUUUCAGACCGUCUUAUCAGUGCCCCAGCGUGUUCUGUGAAACUCCUAUGGUGCAUCACAUCCGGCGGUUUGUGCACGGCAGCGGCUGUGUGCAGAUCGUGUUGAAGGAGCUGGACUCCCCGGUGCCCGGUUAUCAACACACCAUCCUCAACUACUCCUGGUGCCGCAUCUGCAAACAGGUGACUCCAGUGGUGCCUCUGUCUAACGACUCUUGGUCGAUGUCUUUCGCCAAAUAUCUGGAGCUUCGUUUUUACGGCCAUCAGUACACAAGGAGGGCGAACGCAGAGCCCUGCGGUCACUCCAUCCACAAAGACUACCACCAGUACUUCUCCUACAACCAGAUGGUGGCUUCUUUUAGCUACACUUCUGUCAGACUCUUGGAGAUCUGUCUUCCUCGUCCCAAGAUCUUCAUCAGGAACCAGGGGCCGUCAAAAAUCAACCUUCAGCAAGACCUGAAGGACUUCUCUCAAAAAGUGACUCAGGUGUACCUGGCCAUAGACGACCGCCUCACCUCCCUGAAGACCGACACCUUCAGCAAGACACGAGAGGAAAAAAUGGAGGACCUGUUUGCUCAGAAAGACAUGGAGGAGGCUGAGCUGAGGAGCUGGAUCGACAAGCUCCAGGCUCGACUCCAGGCCUGCGGUUUAGAUUCUCCUCAGCAGCUGCAGGCCGUUCUCGAGUCUCUGGUGAUGAAGAAACAGAGUCUGUGUGAGAUGCUACAGUCCUGGAAUGGCAGGCUGCAGGAUUUGUUCCAGCAGGAGAAAGGAAGAAAACGUCUGUCUGUCCCUCCAAGCCCAGGCCGACACAGACAGACCAACGCUGAUGAAAACAAGAACAACCUGGAUUCCUCCCCUCGUAACCCCUCACCAGUGGUUCAGAACGGAGAGAAAGAGGACCGUCAUCUCUGUCCGAUGCCCUCAACCUCCUCCAUGCUGCCUUCGCCAGGAGACCCCUCUACUGACCCCAUCACACCUGGUCCUUCCUCAUCCGAGCCGGACUCUGUCAGCAUACCAGAAGACGUGUUCGACGGACACCUGCUGGGCUCCACGGAUAGCCAGGUGAAGGAGAAAUCCACUAUGAAAGCAAUCCUCGCCAACUUUCUGCCCGGCAACAGCUACAACCCCAUCCCUUUCCCCUUUGAACCGGACAAACAUUACCUGAUGUACGAACAUGAGCGUGUUCCCAUCGCUGUGUGCGAGAAAGAGCCGAGCUCUAUCAUCGCCUUUGCUCUCAGCUGUAAGGAGUAUAAAACAUCUCUUGAUGAUCUCUCCAAAGUGUCAAACACAGGCGGUGAUGAGACUCCACAGGCUACCAGCAGUGGGGAAAGUCGAGCUAAGAGCAGCCCAGCCAGACCCAGUGAGUCUACCUCGUCACAGCAGAGCAGAAACAGCGUGGAUGUGGAUCCCCUCAAGGAUGCAGAUGUGGGAGACAAACAGAAGAAACAGACUCUGAAUCCACACAUUGAGCUACAGUUCUCUGAUGCCAACGCCAAGUUUUACUGUCGGAUCUACUAUGCCGAGGAGUUUCAUAAGAUGCGUGAGGAGAUCAUGGAGAGUCCUGAAGAGGAUUUUAUCCGAUCACUGUCGCACUGUGUCAACUGGCAGGCUCGAGGAGGGAAAUCUGGAGCUGUCUUCUAUGCUACAGAAGAUGACCGGUUCAUCCUGAAGCAGAUGCCCAGACUGGAGGUUCAGUCCUUCCUGGAUUUUGCUCCUCACUACUUCACCUACAUCACCGGGGCUGUUCAGCAGAAAAGGCCAACAGCGCUGGCUAAGAUCCUGGGUGUUUACAGAAUUGGAUACAAGAACUCUCAGAACAACACGGAGAAGAAACUGGACCUCCUUGUCAUGGAAAAUCUUUUCUAUGGACGCAAGAUGGCCCAGGUGUUUGACCUGAAGGGCUCUCUCAGAAACCGUAACGUGAAGACAGACUCGGGGAAGGAGAGCUGUGAGGUGGUGCUGCUGGAUGAGAACCUCCUGAAGUUGAUCCACGACAACCCGCUUUACAUCCGGUCCCACUGUAAGGCCAUCCUGCGAGCCGCCAUCCACAGUGACGCCUACUUCCUGUCCAGUCACCUCAUUAUAGACUAUUCGCUGCUAGUGGGACGAGAUGACGCCACUGACCAGUUGGUGGUUGGGAUCAUAGAUUAUAUCCGCACAUUUACCUGGGAUAAGAGACUGGAAAUGGUGGUCAAAUCCACUGGGAUUCUGGGUGGUCAAGGAAAAAUGCCCACCGUGGUCUCCCCGGAGCUGUACAGAGCUCGAUUCUGUGAGGCCAUGGAUAAAUACUUCCUGAUGGUCCCAGAUCACUGGACCGGCCUGGGCAUCAACUGCUGAGAGGUGUAUUCACUGUCCAGGAGCACAAACAGAAACACACUCCUUCUCUGUCUGUCUAUGCAGUAACAUCAGUUUCCUGAAUUUCAAUGAGACCAACAAGCACACUGGACUGUUUGAAUCCUGACGUCAUUCCACUCAGCAGCUCCAAUCUGCAUCUGCUGCCUUAACGUACAAUUUAGACCAGAUUUAACCCAGGGGAUAUACUACAGUAUUAUCAGAUUAUAAUUUAACCCUGACUGGAUUAUUUUUAUUUUAAUAGUGCCAUGAGUCUGACUGAAAACAUUCACUUUAUUGGUUCUAGUUUGGUAAACAAACUAAUCUGUGUAAUUUAAA